AUGUCAGCCGGCAUUAUGAUUCAAUUUUGGCCAGCAUUAUCAUCUGUGAUUCAUGAUGAUCCUCCAACACUCACAUAUUCCGAAUUUAAGAAUUUGAUGCUCAUCGGUAACAGUUUGAAAAGCCAGAAGGUAAUUCUAAAAACCACUAGUUCUUCGGAGGACGAACAAUUUUUCAAAGCGAUGGAAAACCCAACAGUUUCAACAACUCAGACCAACGAAGUCCUACAUGAUUUUAAUAAACUUAAACAAGAAUUUAUUGGCAGAAUACAAAUAAUAAGUGGAAGUGCGGAAGGAUCAGGAACAAAAGGGAAAGGCAAAGAAGUUGAAACAGAUACGAAAAACGGAAUUAUGAAUGUAAACAAAAACGCAUCAUGA